AUGGCGGUGGCGGAUGGCGGAGGCAGCAGCCACCCAGAGCCGCCCGCCGCCUCCCCGGCGCCGCCCGGCAACUCCAGCGGGCCCGCGCAGCUGAACCCGGUCUCUGCGCUGCUGCGGGACUUACCCGCGCUCAAGGCCGCCGUCGUCGGGGCUUGCGCGGCCAGCGUCGGCCUCAUCGCUUGCCUCCUCUUCCGCGUCCUCAGGUCUGGCAGGAAGACGAAAAAGACCCGCAAGUAUGACAUCAUCACGACCCCGGCGGAGCGGGUGGAAAUGGCCCCCUUAAACGAAGAUGAGGAUGACGAGGAAGAUUCCACAGUGUUUGAUAUAAAAUAUAGACCAAAGAAGAGUUCUGGAGAACUUGAAAGCUUGCUCACAACUUAGUGAGGCUUUGGUCCCAAUAAAGGUGAGGCUGUUGCACGAGGCGGCCACUCAGAAAUGAAGUCUCCUUUCGAGAACUUUUCAUGACCCUCAUCAGCUAAGGAGAACUGGAGAACAAUGCUUUUGUGUCAACAAAACUCACCUUCCCUCCUCUUCCAAAUAGAAAUGAUUUACGAUGGAUUUGACCACAAACUACUAUGUUCCUGGGUAUCAGACCAGAAGAAAGGGAGGGUGCGUUCUUUCUGGCCUCGGCUUUUCAGACUAGGGAAUGGUUUUUUUGGGUGGUGGUUUCAUUACAGGUUUGGUGCCUGCAAUGAAUGACAGAAUUCGGUGAUAGGCCAACCUGCGUCCUGGCAAUCGGAGCACAAACGUUCCUUCAGUGACUCCAAGACACCCGACAGCUCUCUGCUAUCAACGCUAAACUAGAUGGAUUUUUUUUUUUUUUUUGCUGCACCUAAAACUUCUGGGAUUGUGUGGGUUUGGGCCAACAAACAGUGUUUGCUCAUUAUGUGAAAGCUUGGGACUUGGGUACAAAGUGUGGUGAAAAGGCAGAUCCCCUGUAUUUGAUGUGUGGGUGUGGGUUGUGUUUUUUGUGUGUGCGUGGGUGAGACAGAAGCCCCUGUGAUGACUUGCUACUGACAAUAUCAAUUGCACUACUAAUUUGCUCCGCAAUAAGGUCCCCUCUGCAGUCUUUCUGGAGGGUCAACUCUGUGUAGUCGGGGGAAAAGCAGCCCAUUUCGGAUGAAAGGAAGCCUGCGUUUGUAAUUCCUGGCUCCUCUUGGUCCCACUUCAAGGAGAGGUCAGAUCUUACAAGAAGAGCUGCUCUGUUUCUCCCUCUGCUUGCAGUAGCCUCUACUAUUCUCAUCUAUUACUUUUCAGGACGACCUUCAGUGGAUGCUACUAAACCUGCAACAAGAGAAUUUUGCUUCCCUACUUUGGGAACCCUGCACAAAGACUCUCAUUCCCAGCCAAAAACAAGCAGCAACAACACUUCUCCUUUGGGUUGAUUCGGCUUGUUU